AUGCUGCUUCUCCUGCUCAGCUAUCUUCUGCCUGCCGCUGACACCAACGGAAAGAACUGCCUCCACUGCUGGCCAGAACUGCCUGCAUUGAUAGACUAUGACCUCCAGAUUCUUUGGGGCACCCCAGGGCCACCUUCAGAGCUCUCCCAAAAUCAGGACCAUUUGGAGGAAGAAUUAGCCAAAUUAUUCAAUCACAUAGAUCAAGCCAUUAAGACGUUUAGAAACGAUAAACCAUUACUUCUGGAAGAGGUUCACAUCCAGAAGAAGCUAUUUUCUGAGAGGCUAAGUGAGCUACCUGAGAAGCUGAAGAAUAAGGACCUACCCUCCUCACUGGAGGUCAUCAACUGUGCCAACUGCAAGAGACACAUCCUAACCUGCAAAGACCCAACUAUCUGCCCAGGUCAGUGGUCGGUGGCCCAUCUGGCCUUUAGCUCCCCCACCUCCAUUCUCAGGGGCUCCCAGUUGCCCUCAGAUAAAGUGGACUCCCCAUUGGAGGCCCUGCAUGAGCAGUUCCCACUCACCUCCCAAACCCCUGACACCUCGGCCACACUGGACGGCUUCAUGCUUCUGUCUUUGAACAUCCUGUAUCCUUUGCCUGGAACACAGUUUUGCCCCUUGACUAUCUGA